AGGACAAGACGGACAAGACGGCAGCACAGGCACUGGGUCCACCCGAUCCACCAAGCGCGCCAGACCCAUGGCGAGUACCAUCGUUUGGUGCAGGAGUUGCGUCUGGACAGCUAUCUGUUCCAGCGCUAUUUUAGGCUCAAUAUUGAGCAGUUCGAUGAUCUGCUCUCGCGAGUUGGCCCCCGGAUCAUCAAGGAGGAUACCUGGCUGCGCAGAUCGAUUGGACCGGCAGAACGUCUCGCCAUUUGCCUUCGGUGAGUUUAGUUUUUCUGUUUACGCACGGCAUUUUAUGAUAUACUGCGGCAUAGUUUGCAAGCUUAUCUACCAAUGCCAUUUUGUAUUAGGAGCAUGUAAUUUAUUAAAACGUUUUUGAUGCAACUUGGUACAGGUGUAUACUACAGAGCAUUGCAUGUCGGCUAAAGCAUACAUUUUCAAUUAGCCUAUAAUAAGUGAACCUACUUAAACGGCGAUUGUUGAAUUUGUAUUGAUUUUUUUUUUUUUUUUGUUUGUUUUAUUACAGAUACCUUGCCACUGGGGACUCUUUUAGGUCCAUUAGUUUUAGUUACCGUGUGGGGCUCUCCACUGUAGCCAGCAUCGUCGGUGAGGUGUGUGUGGUCAUCUGGGACUGCCUGGUUGCGGAAUUCAUGUCUGUGCCACGCAAGGAUGACUGGCGUGCCAUUUCUGAUGGGUUCCUCCACAAGUGGGAUUUCCCAAAUUGUGUAGGUUCCAUCGACGGGAAGCACGUGGUGAUUCAGGCCCCCUCCAACUCCGGCUCACUGCAUUUCAACUACAAGCACACAUUUUCUAUUGUGUUGCUUGCAGUAGUUGAUGCACACAAAUUGUUCCGGAUGGUGGAUGUGGGUGGCUAUGGGCGGAACAGCGACGGGGGAACUCUGUUCAACUCCCCUUUUGGUGAGGCCCUGAGGGAUGGCACUUUGGACCUGCCAGAGGACCGUGUCAUCACCGGAGCGGAACACAGGGGGCCACUGCCACAUGUGUUUGUGGGGGAUGAGGCCUUCCCACUGCGCCUCAACAUGAUGCGACCCUUCCCUGGUACCAACCUCUCCACAGACAGGCGGACCUUCAAUUACCGUCUCAGCCGUGCCAGGAUGGUGGUGGAGUGCACCUUCGGGAUCCUCUCCAGUCAGUGGAGGAUUUACAGGCGGGUCCUUGCUGUCAGCGCAGCAAAGGCUGAGGCUUGUGUGAAGGCCACCGUCAUCCUCCACAACUUCAUCCGGCUGACGAGACCGAGUGGGGACACUGACAUGUCUGAGCUGAGUGAGGAGGGAUCAGCAGGUCUCCAGGAUGCACCGCGUGUUGGCAGCAACAAUGCGGCCAGAGCUGCCAUUCGUGUGAGGGAGACAUUCUCUGCACAUUUCAGUGCAGAGGGUGCUCUAUCCGGGCAACCAUAACCGAUCAAACAAAGGCUCUUUUAAGAGCCACCCAUCUUGAUCAUA